GAAUCAGCACUCCCACCAUCGCCAAAAGUGGAAACGAUUUACCUCUGGCACGAUCGGUCAGCUUACUUCUUUAUCCAGAUAUUCAAGCAGAAGACCAUAUUUGGACACUCAACGCUAUGCAGUACGGUCAAAUUAUCACGCAUGAUAUGAGUAUGAUAGCUGGAAGUACCCAAGCACAACCCCAUCAAACUCAAUGCUGUUCGCCACAAGGUCAACUUCUGCAGUUUGCCAACAUUCCAGAACAUUGUUUUCCCCUUGUUUUACCAGAUCAUGAUCCUGCUCACUCUCAGACCAAUGCAAGAUGUAUGAACUUUGUAAGAACUAUUACCAAUCGGGAUCGCAAUUGUGUUGGAGGUUCACAACCCGCAGAACAGUUAACAGCGGUUAACCAUUUCCUGGACUUGUCAAUUGUAUAUGGUAACAACGAUCUAAUCAACCAACAAGUAAGGCAGUUUCAAGGAGGUCGCCUCAGAGUUGAUAUAAGAGGAGGAAAGCAAUGGCCACCUAGAUCUUUGAAUGCAUCUGGCAUAUGUACUAUUCAAAAUCCCCGAGAGGCUUGUUAUCUGGCAGGUGAUGCUAGAGUAAAUCAAAAUCCCCAGCUUACUCUUCUACAAAUCGUUCUACUUAGAGAGCAUAACCGGAUAGCCGAUACACUGGCAAAGCUGAAUCCUCACUGGAAUGAUGAAACCACUUUCCAAGAAGCCAGGAAGAUAAAUAUAGCUCAGCAUCAAUUCAUUUCUUACUAUGAAUGGCUACCAAUUUUUAUUGGUUCACAAAACUCGUUGAAGAAUAAGAUUAUUUAUCAAACUAGUGAUUUUGUCAACGAUUACGAUGAAACAGUGGAUCCAACAAUAAUAAAUGAGCACGCUACUGCUGCAUUCAGAUUUUUCCAUUCUUUGAUUGCUGGAAGUUUAGAUCUUGUGUCAGAAGAGAGAAGUAGUUUUGGUAGUUUGCGUCUCAGCGAUUGGUUCAAUCGUCCCCAAAUUUUGGAGGAAGGGGAUAACUUUGAUGAACUAACUAGAGGCUUGAACACUCAACCCCAACUGGCAUCAGAUCGUUACCAUGACAGUGAA